GCAACAUCCUUUGUCUUCUUUCUAAACCCAUAGAUUAAUUUACCUUUGCCAUAACUACAUAACAACCACGCCUUUUAGAUUAACUACACAAUUAUUUUAAUACACGAUUUUCUUCUUUUUUAUUACUUCUCAAUUCCAUUUUGAUGUCCAGAAAAUAAUCGAAAUGGGUGAUGUUUCAAGCCCUUACAUUCAGCCGCCACCUCCUCAGAAAACCAACAUGCCUGUGCUAUAUUAUGGCCUUGUAAUUAUUGGGACAGCAGUUUUCGGAUUAGCCAUGUACAAUUUUAUCGUCGUCAAGUGGUGCGCGAAUCGUCGGCGUCAUGACCAGUCUGGCCAGAGACCAACCCGGUUUGUAGAGUCAGCAGCAGCUGGCCAGAGUUUGGACUCGUUCACUUUCAAGUACAGGAAGGAUGAUGAUAUGGGCACGAGAGGCCAAGGCAGUGAUUAUGAAUGUGCUGUUUGCUUGACGGUUUUUGAAGAGGGAGAAGAAAUCAGGCAAUUGCCAGGAUGCAAUCACUCCUUUCAUGCUCCUUGUAUAGAUAUGUGGCUGUAUUCUCACUCUGAUUGCCCACUUUGUCGUGCCCGAGUUGUCGCUCCUUCUUCCUUCUGUCGUCGACAUUCUGUGGCAGCUACGCCAGAGAAUUCUCAGGAAAAUUUGCUGGGUGCAAACGUUCAUUUCAUGCCCCUUGUCUAGAGUUUUGGCCGUGUUGCCAAAUCAGAUUAAUUACUUCUCUGUCCGGCACGGCGGUGCCGGAAUAUUCUUGGAUUUUUUUCUUUAAUUUUAUAAUUACGGGUUCUGGUCUUUUUGUAUUUGUUGAUUAGGCACGAAAAUUUGGACAGCCUUGCAAAUCCUCCUUUCUGAAGGUCUGAGCAUAAGAUGAAGAUGAUUACUAUAAUUGUCUGGUUUGGUCAACCAUUUUCCAGUAGACGUGUUGCAAGAUGUUCUGUGUUUCCAUUGAGGGUUGAACUGUGCUGACAGCAGAGACGAUAGGUAGGAACAGAUAUAGUAGCCCGCUUUGUGCAUAAAUUUUCUUUCCUUUCUGGUGAAAAGUUGUUAAUUAGUUAGCAAUUAGGUGAUUCUCCUAGAAAAAAACAAGAAUAUGUUAUAAUCCCUUACUUUUGGACUCGUACAACGAGAGGCAGUAGGCAUUUUUUAAUCUAUAGUCGCAUUAAAUUAUCUUGGUUUCA